UGAUUGAUCUCCGCUCCCUGCUGACCAGAGAAAACACCCGAUAGCGAAUGCGAAGGGGGAUUUAAAUGAGAAACAUCGUCCGCUUUACUUGGCGGACAGGGUAUCAAGUCUUCGUCUUGUGUGGGUCGGCGUAGCCCGCUUGUUGUCCUCUCAGAGUGCUAGCUAAGCAUUGGUACGUAGUGUGGUCGUAACGAUGGCACAGUUGCUCUUGUUUUCCCCUGUAGAUCUCCUUCCUGUUAGCCUUGGGCUAGCUUGGAAAGCGUCUUUUUGCCAAUAAACGAGCGGGGUUAGUUAGCCGACGCAAAGGGGUGUAACUUUGGUGGCGAGUCGUUGCAGUUAAGUCACUCUCACAGCGUGUGCUAGUAACUUUGUUUUUAAUACCACUAUUGUGCCACUUGGCUUUAUAUAGUUUGCUAACGCCCGACAGUUAGCCAUCUUUGCUCGUGUUGACGGAUUUGCCUGUUUGGCGGCUGGGUUUUCUUCUUCUUCCUCCUCUGUUUUCGAUUGAGAGUGCAAAAAAAGUGACGGUUUGCUUAUUCUUAACGCAGGUGCAAACGCAAAUGAGUCGGGAAUAAUUGGAACUAAAACCGAUAAUUUUCUGAAUGUUGUGGAGAUUCAGCGAAAGAGAAGGAAAUAACAAAAGGGAAGAUGCUAGCUUAAUUGGACUGUUUCACUAACAGCUCCUAUAACUUUGAUUUUUUUGGAGUUUAAUUUGUUGCUUCAAUGCGUUUUUACAUUAUUAUUAAUUUGAAUUAAAUUGGUGUGCAGUAAAUGAGAGUGGUUUGAGUCGGACUGCUUCUACGUGUACUCUCAUUAGACGAAAACAUUUAAAUGCCACAGAAACAUCUCGGUGUAAACUCCCACUAUAAGAGGCUCGUCGCGGGGUUAGGAAGCGGAGGAGAGGAGGCUUCAGAGCGACUUUCUCUUCGUUCUACCUGAUCUCAUAUCCCACCCACCACCGCCCUCUUUCCCUCCAACCAUGGACCCCCCGAGAACACGGUCUCGAUCUCGCUCUGGCUUCUAUCAUUUUGCCAUUAACGGGAGUGUUGGGAGCAACGGGAACGCGGUCACCAACGGCAAUGUAAUGAACGCCAGUGGCGGCGGCGGAGGUGGAGGAGGGAGCUACCCGCCGCAGAGCAACCCGGGCUGGCCGCUGCACCACGGAGGACGGAGCUACCCGGAGAGCCAGCAGCAGCAGCAUUCCCAGGGGAGCUACCUGUCUGCAGGGGUGCCGCGCCACUCCACGCACGGAGCUCACCGGAACCCCGGAGCCGGUGGAGUCCUGCAUUUUCAUCCAGACAAUGUUUGCAUUGAGGAUCGGGACAAGAUGGAGGACAGUCCCACCCCAAAAAGACAACGUCUUUCCCAGCAGUCCAUGAUAGAUCUGAGCUCUGCCCCUCCCUCCACUCCAUCUUCUCCCAUUCGCCCGUGGGAGUUGCCGCCAAGUCGAAGACCACACCCCCAUUUCAUACCAGAGAGAUGUCACACGCCUGUUAGGAACCGCCGCAGCCCCCCAAUGAGACGCCAGCGUGGGCGUCGAGACCGUCUGACUCGGCACCACCAUCACCACGGCCACAACAACGGCCACCACCACCAUUACAACAGCAACAACAAUCAUCACAACCAUCACCAUCUCAACGCUCACCAUCACCACUCCCACCACGGCCCGUCACUGGGCCAUCAAGAUGAGAACUACAGACACCUAGUUCCACCUCAGGGUUACCCACCGUACAGCCAGCAGCCCCCCAGAGGGCCGGAUGAACGACCGGGCUAUCACCCUCCGAAUCCUUCUCCGAGGCCUCUCCACCAGUCACCGAACCUGUCUCCCAGGCUCCUGCACCCUGGGGCCCAUCCACAGCACCUUCACCCGCCUCAGCAGCAGAGCAGUGUAGUGCUUGACCUCCACGAGCAGGGUUCAGUUCCAGCAUCAUUUCCCGUGUCUCCUCCUGGAGCACCCCCAGGCCUGCAGGCCCGCUCCGGCCCACAGCAGAUCCCAGCAUGCUCUGUCGUCUUCAGUGGGCAACACUAUCCCGUCUGCAGCGUCCCUCCUCCCGUACUUCCGACCUGUUCUGUUCAGCACUUACCAAUGCCAUACCCAUUCCCAUCCUUACUAUCAAGUGACCCAGCCUUCUUGAUUCCUCCCCCUCACCUCAGUCACCCCCCUGCUCACCUUUCCCAUCAUCCUCCUCACUUGCCGCAGCCUGGACAGUUUGGACCGUACCCUGCCCAGCAAGCACGAUCGCCAUUACAGCGGAUAGAGAACGAUGUGGAGCUGCUUGGAGAGCAUCUGUCUUUGGGGGCGGGGCUCCACUAUCCCCCUGCCACCCACCCUGCUCUGACCCCACACUCCACACAGCUCCACUUCCUCUCCCAUGAUCCUCUGUCGCAGGAGUUCUUUGGCAUGUCCUAUCCGAACUUCAUUCCUCGACGUCUCCCUGGGCGGCGAUACCGCUCACAACAGCUUCCACCUUCGCCUUACCACCCAAGCCUGUUGCCUUACUUCUUGUCAAUGCUGCCUGUUCAGCCCACAGGUCCUGCAAUCAGCCUAGAGCUGGAUGUAGACGAUGGAGAAGUGGAGAACUAUGAGGCCCUCCUGAACCUCGCCGAGCGGCUGGGAGAGGCCAAGCUGAGAGGACUGACCAAGGGGGACAUCGAACAGCUUCCUUCCUAUCGAUUCAAUCCAAAUAACCACCAGUCGGAACAAACACUGUGCGUAGUGUGUAUGAGUGACUUUGAGUCGCGUCAGCUGCUGCGAGUCCUGCCCUGCAGCCACGAGUUUCAUGGAAAAUGUGUUGACAAGUGGCUGAGGGCCAACAGAACUUGUCCCAUUUGUCGCGCAGACGCCUCGGAGGUCCAGAGAGACUCUGAGUGACCACAGGAGGGAGCCAGAGACGUUGUUUUAAUAAACACAUCCAGCACUGCCUGCUCCUUAUUA